AUGUGGUAUUUCGGGUUUGGUUGGGUUGACAUGAAAAAGGUUCAGGUACUUGGUUCAAGGCCAAAAGCUCUACUACAUGUUUUGACAUUUCCUAGUUGCCUGUACUUUCAGGUCUGCUGUACAAAAGAUGAAAAUUAUGGUAGGGUGGUGCUCAACCGACGUAACUCCCAUGAUGCCUUGGACAGGAAAGCAAAUGAGAGAGAUGAGCCAAAAGCUAUGAUUAGUCGGUAUGGAUCUGAUGACACUUUAGACAGGAUCUCAGACAGAAAUGAUGCUGCUAAAACACAUAAGGCCAAUACCUUGGAUAACCGACUGACCAAUAGAAACAUGUCCACGUUUAGAUCACCAGAAGUAACAAAGAUGCAGCCUGGAGUUUCGUUCAAUGACAGUACCACCAGCACCCCGGCUCCCACCUCUGCUACAACUCCUGUAAAGAAAAAGAGACAGUCCUGGUUUCCACCACCUCCUCCAGGUUACAGCACCACCCCAAGCACGGGAGCAAGCAGAAG